CCCCUGCAAUUGAAUGAAACUGCGCCGGCAGUGAUGUCAGUUCCAGGAGUGGGUUAAGAAACGUGGCCUUAGUAAAGAGACUCAGACUGAUCCGGAGCACGGCUUGAGGCAGGGGAAGCACUGUAGCACCUAAACACCUGAGAAACGCGCAGAAAUGGCCGAAGUUGAGCAGGGAUCGGCUUUCCCCGGCGAGGCUGCACCGCCAGCGAUUGACAGCCUCAAUGCCACCGACUCGAACGGGACCGACUCGGCUAACGCAACGGUGGCCAAGUUCGUCUCCACACCGGAGGGUACAGCGUUGGCUUACGGGAGUCUGGUCUUCAUGGCCCUGCUGCCAAUUUUCUUCGGAGCUCUGCGAUCCGUCAGCUGCGCAAAGGGCAAGAACACCUCUGAUAUGCCGGAGACAAUUACAAGCCGAGAUGCUGCCAGGUUCCCCAUCAUUGCCAGCUGCACCCUCUUUGGAUUAUAUCUCUUCUUCAAAGUAUUUUCUGAAGAAUACAUAAACAUGCUGUUAUCGAUGUACUUCUUCGUGCUGGGUAUUUUGGCACUGUCACACACUAUCAGUCCAUUCGUGAACAGACUGUUCCCUGCAAACUUUCCCAAUAAGCAGUACCAGCUGCUCUUUACCCAGGGAUCUGGGGAAAACAAAGAGGAAAUUAUCAAUUAUGAAUUUGACACCAAAGACCUUUUGUGCCUUUGCUUCAGCAGCGUGGUUGGAGUUUGGUACCUUCUCAAGAAGCACUGGAUUGCCAACAAUCUUUUUGGUUUGGCUUUUGCUCUGAAUGGAGUUGAGCUGCUUCAUCUCAACAAUGUCAGCACUGGCUGCAUCCUGUUGGGAGGACUGUUUGUCUAUGACGUGUUCUGGGUAUUUGGGACCAAUGUUAUGGUGACUGUGGCCAAGUCCUUUGAAGCCCCAAUUAAACUGGUUUUCCCUCAAGAUAUUUUGGAGAAGGGGCUUGCAGCCAAUAACUUUGCUAUGCUGGGACUCGGUGAUAUCGUUAUUCCAGGUAUCUUUAUUGCAUUGCUCCUGCGUUUUGAUGUCAGCUUGAAUAAGAAUUCCCGUACCUAUUUUUACACUGGUUUCCUUGCCUAUAUCUUUGGACUGGGUCUGACUAUCUUUGUCAUGCACACCUUUAAACACGCCCAGCCUGCCCUUCUGUACCUGGUCCCAGCCUGCACCGGGCUUCCUUUCUUUGUUGCUCUGGUUAAGGGAGAACUGUCUGAAAUGUUCAGCUAUGAGUCUUCUGCUGAGGUCUUGCCGCACACUCCAAGGCUCACCCACUUCCCCACUGUCUCCGGCUCUCCUGCCAGUCUCGCUAACUCAAUGCAGCAAAAACCCUCCUCUCCCCGUCGCCGGCACCACAACCCCACCUCUAUGUAACGGCCAGAAAAGUGCCAGGCGUAAUUCGCUGGUCAGGUAUGAAGAAACCCCCCCUGAAUCCAAGGAGGAAAAAGAGACCGAGAAGAAAGAGAACUAAUUGUCCUCACAAAACUUCAGCUCCUCUUUCCUGCCUGCCAGUUUCACACCCCUUUCUGAUGAAGUCCAUUGUUUCUGUUGCGGAUGUGUUUUUGUUGUACAAGGAAAUUACAAAUAUAUAUUUAAAUACCUGUUUUUCAUCAGAUAUUUUGUAAUAUUUGUGUAUUUUUUUUUAACAAUGUGCAACAGUGUAUCAGUGCCAGUGUAUACCUCUUUUGUUUAAAUGUAUUCUGUCUAGCCUGAUUAUUUUGAUGGGCUGUGACACUUUUACAAAGGCCAGAAUUAUUUUUAUCCCCCCCCCCCCCGAAAUACAGAAUGUGAUUUCCUUGUUUACCAAAGACGACAAGGAAAACAACCCUUUUUUUUUUUUUUUAGCUUAUUUUAUACACACUGUAUAAGUCUAAUUUCUUAUGGUACACGUUUCUCCUCCUCAUCCUCUUUGUUCAGUAUACCAAACAUUUUACACUUCAAACUGACCACACUGCCGUCGGCCAGAGAGAGAGCCCUUGGGUACGGAUGUACAGAGCACUGACCGUUCAAUAUUUCGCGGUCCUAAAUAUUGGUCUCAUAUUUUGUAUGGUUUUUAUGGUCUUAUGUAAAGCAGAUAAUGCGUUUCUCAGCCAAAUAUCCAGUUCUCUUAAAUUUGGUCCAAGUACUGAUGAGGCUACAGCAUUGUUCUAGAAUCAUUCAUUCAUAGCUGACUGACUGGACUGAUUAAUAAUCUUUGUCAUUGAAAGUGCAUAUUAAAGCAAGAGACUUUUUUUCUGUUUUAUAUGUAACUAAUGACUUUUUUUUUUAUAUAUAUAGCUUGAACUGGUAAUUGAUUCCGUUAGCGUUAUCAGUGUUAUUGUUUAGGUAAUAUUUAUGUAUUUAACAUAAUAGUUGAAAGAAAGGGAAUACAGGCGAUUGCUGUAUAUUGGACCAAUAGGUAGAACAUUGGCAAUAAGACAUUUUACUUUUAACCACCAAAUUAAAUCUUUUAUUUUUUUGUUUUGUAUGUGAUGCCUGCCUGCUGGCUUGUAAAUUUUUUACUGACGAGGGGUUGUUUGUACAUUUGCACUGUACAGUAAUAAAAUGGAUGUUUCCAGAGAAAGGGUCCUUGUUCUCCAUCAUGAGUUAAUCUUGCGUGUAGAAGUUUACAUGGUGUUUGUAGAGCCUUUUUUUAAUGGUUUUUUUUCCAUUGUUGAAUAGCACAGAGUUUAUGUAAUGUCAUUUUAAACAGAGCUUUGUAAAUUAAUUCUCUGAAUAUUUGAAGAAAUUCUGAAGUCUGUAUCUCUAGUGUUUUUAAUAUACACAAAAAUCACCUUCCCACUUAGCUAUUUUGUUAGAAUAGCUGUUCCAGUGUAUUUCAUUUUUAAAUCCUUGUGUACAUUAAUAGAUGGAUCCACCCUUGCUCUAACCAGGAAGAAGUUAACUUUCCUAGCUAUUCUGUUUCAAGGCCAACAUUUUCUGAAAUUCGACAGUUUAGUGUUUCAGUCUGCUUUCCAAUCAAUUGUAAUCCUAUAACCUUUGCAUUAUUACCUGUAACUAAUGUCUGUUGGAAAAUGAUAGCCCAGCAUUGCAUGAAUGUAGAUCCUAGCAUGGAUAUGACUUGCACACAUAUUGCAAGUACUGGGCAUUAUAGGGAAAACAAAGGAGGGCAGGUGUAUUUAAACAGGAAUCGAACGUUAAAGCCACAAUUGUGCAACACCAGCAAAAACAACUUUAGAUUAGGGAUAUGAAAUUUCUACACGUGUAGUAAAGGGAGCCAUGUUGUGUACCUGUAAUCACCUGUCGCCUUUCAGCCAUUAUAAGCAUUGUGAAAAAGAUAAAAAGAAUUAAGAUUCUGGCCUUUUUAAAAAAAUAUAUAGAUAUAUAUAUAUUUUAUUGGCAACUGAUUUUUUUUUUUUUUAAUAUAAACACAUGCUUUGCUUUAUGUGCAUUUAUGUAUUCCCAUGUUGCUGUUUUUUCUGUUGUAGAACUGCAAAUUCAAGCUAGCUUCUCUUCGGAGGAGCGGUUAUAUUUUGCAAUAAAUUGUGGUGUACACCACUGUAGAGAUGCAUAAUA